AGCACAGAUGUGCUCCACUGAACAGCAGCAGCAGGGCUGUCUCUCUCCCUCACACACACAUGCGCACACACACACACUCACAUGCCCCUGUAGUGAAAGAGCACACCAUCACCAGCUCAGGCUGUCACAGUGGCAGAGACACAAAGCCCUGUGCCCAAUGGGAACCAGAAGCUGACUCUGGAACACAAAGAAGAGAGAGAGGGGGAAAGAGACUUCAGUUGCCUUUUCAUCUGCAGAGGCAGAGGGAAGGGGUUGAUGCACUAUAGAUAGCGGGAGCGAGGGGGAGCGAGAGGGGGAGCGAAGCAAUUGCAGUCAGGCUCAGUUGCUGCUGUCACAGGCUGGAGGCUCAGUGAGUAUUAUCAUAGGAAGCUGGUGGAGCAACAUUACAGUCCAACACACACACACUCUCUGGACAGACGGACUGCAGAACCGAGGCGCAGAGGCAACACACACACGCCGAGUGAGGACCAGGCUUGCGAACGUGGAUGGACCACCGGUCAAGAUCUGGGUGUCUGGUGCAGUGAUCCAGCCCCAGCGGUGCAAAGGUAGAGAGGGGGCAUGGCAGCCGUUCCAGGCCUGGGGUGGCCUGGCCUGCUACUGUUGCUGCUGACUACUGUGGCCUCCACUCAGACUCAAGGCUGUCCCCAGCGCUGUGAGUGCAUGGCCAAGCUCAAGUCUGUGGCAUGCCAGGGCAAGCGCCUGUCUGCCUUCCCCGACGGCAUCUCCUCGGACACACGUCUGCUGGACCUGAGUGGGAACAGGCUUCGCUGGGUGGAGCAUGGCGACCUCCUCUCCUUCCCUCGGCUGGAGGAGCUGGACCUGAGUGAGAACAUCAUCACCGUCCUGGAGCCCAACGCUUUCUCCAGCCUGCAGAGCCUGAGGGUGCUGUCGCUGAGGGGGAAUCAGCUCAAACUGGUCCCCAUGGGCGCCUUCUCACGCCUCACCAACCUCACCACACUGGACCUGAGCGGGAACAAGAUUGUCAUCCUGUUGGACUUCACCUUCCAGGACCUGAAAAGCCUGAGGAACCUGGAGGUUGGUGACAAUGACCUGGUCUACAUCUCCAACAAGGCCUUCCUGGGCCUGGUGGGUCUGAGGCAGCUCACCAUUGAGAGGUGUAACCUGACCUCCAUCUCCAGCCAGUCUCUGUCCUAUCUCCGCAGCCUGGUCACUCUGCGCCUGCGCUACCUCAGCAUCUCCUCCCUGGAGGACCAGAACUUCCGUAAACUGGGCGGGCUGCGGGGGCUGGAGAUCGACCACUGGCCUUUCCUGGAGCACAUCUCCCCCCACAGCCUCCAGGGCCUUAACCUGUCCUGGCUGUCCAUCACCAACACCAACAUCACUUCCGUGCCCACGGCUGCCCUGCGCAGCCUGCCCCACCUCAUCAGCCUCAAUCUCUCAUACAACCCCAUCUCCGUGCUGGAGUCCUGGGCCCUGAGGGACUUGGUCCAUCUGAAGGAGCUGCACCUGGUCAACACCAACCUGAUGACGGUACAGCCGUACGCCCUCGGCGGCCUUCGGCAGAUCCGCCUGCUCAACUUGUCCACUAACGCCCUGGUAACCCUGGAGGAGGGCGCCUUCCAGUCUGUCAAUACCCUGGAGACGCUGCGUGUGGAUGGGAACCCUCUGUCCUGCGACUGCCGCCUGCUCUGGAUCCUCCAGCGCAGGAAGACCCUCAACUUUGAAGGGAAGUCCCCAGUGUGUGCGGGUCCCAUGGAGGUGCAGGGCAGGGCCCUCAGCGCGUUCUCAGACUCUGCCCUGUUCGACCACUUUACCUGCCAGAAGCCCAAGAUACGCAACAGGAAGCUGCAGCCAGUGACUGCCAGGGAGGGCCAGGUAGUGUCUUUUGUGUGCCGGGCGGAGGGUGAGCCCACACCUAUCAUCUUCUGGGUAUCUCCCCAGCGCCGCCGGAUCACUACCAAGAGUACUGGACGUGUCACCGUCCUACCCGAGGGAACGCUGGAGAUCCGCUACGCCCAGCUGACCGAUACCGGCACCUACAUCUGCAUUGCCAGCAAUGCUGGGGGCAAUGCCACCUACUUUGCCACGCUGACCGUGAGCGCACUGCCUCUAGACGCUGCGCUCAUGGCCAACCGAACAUACUACACAGGUGACCUCAACGAGACCAAUCUGAACGACACCAAGGUCUUCCUCAAGUUCACCUUGGACCUCAAGACAAUUCUGAUAUCCACAGCCAUGGGGUGUUGCUUGUUCCUUGGCGUGGUGGUUUUCUGUUUCCUGAUGCUGUUUGCAUGGAGCCAGGGCCGGGGACAGCACAAGAAUAACUUCUCAGUUGAGUACUCUUUCAGAAAGGUGGACGGCCCUGCAGCCAGUGGCGGACAAGGAGGGGCCCGCAAGUUCAACAUGAAGAUGAUUUGAGUCAGACAGGUCACUCUGUUUACUAGUAGACUCAGAUGGUGACACAAUAAUAACUUUGGACUUUAUGAUUCGGUUCCCUUGUUGGUUCAGAAAUCAACACAUUAGGUGAUCUAAGACAAUGUACUAAAACUUUGUUUUGUAUUUGUAAAUGUCUGUAUCAACAAAAAGUAAAUAGGUAAAUGGAUUUGGUACAGACACAUUUUUUCUCAUUGCUAUUUGUGUAUUGUGGUUUAUCUUGUGCAGAGGAGUCUGGAUGAUAGUUAAAGAUGUCACUAAAUCCUAUUGACUGUUAAGAUUCAAAACACAACACCCCUGCACAGCUCCAUCUGUCUCUCUGCAGUGCACCCUCCCCUUUUAAGAACCUUAAAAGGGGAGGGUGACCUGGGGCUCUGAGGUAUGGGUACGCAUGGGAAAAGAAUGACCUUUAUAUUAAAGCAUUGCAUGAAUUAUCACCGCUUUUGCUUAUUGGCAUAGAGCAGUAUAGUAGAGGCGCUUGUAGAAGUCGCACACAUGGAGCAAACAUUUGUAGCCUGGGGUCCGGGAAAAAUGUGGCCUUUUAUAUUUCAUGCAAUUCCACAUCAUUUUAGAUGACUGGAGACUAGCAGAAUCUUUUUUAUACCUCACAAAUGAUUAAAUUGUCAGGCUACUUUGACACUGACAAACUGAGAAUCUGAUAUCAAUAAAAACGACCUUGUCUUGAAUCCAUCAAUAGCCUAGGUGUGUGGAGACGCAUAUUGUACAAUAUGAGGAGGAAAUGAUAGUCCUAAAAAGGUUUCCAGUUUCACUGACUCACCUAAUGAUGAGCAGCUCACUCAUGGAGAUGGCUGAUGCGCUCGUGCCAAAAGCUUGUCGCUCUCUUGUUUUACUUUGUAAGACAAUGCUGUUCGCUCAAUAGGCCUAUUUGGAAGUUGAUAACUUGGUAGCCUACAAUCAGAUUAGUAUUGUCUUUUCGGCAGGAUCCAUUUGAUUUCCAACCUGUGUUUUCUCACGAUUGCAUUUUAAAUAUUGCGAAAGGCCUGUUUUGGCUGCAUGCUGUUCACUGACAGAUUUGCCUCGCGUUCCUGACUGUCAGCAUGCCUUGUGAUUGGGCUACACACAAUCCACAGCAAGGCUAUUUAAAAAAUAAAAAAAAUAUUGAUUGGCUGUGGCUAAAUUAUAGUCCAACUCCUGAUGUAGUAUUCAGAAUUAUGUAAUUUCUUUCUGAACACGGAAGUAAUUCUAUUACUUUGGAAAAUGUAUUUGAAUUCAUCAUGGGUGCUGUGGCACCUUCAGCACCCCUCCUGCACCUAUGAUUUUAUAAGGAAAUAAAUGAUGAAGUGCAACUCUGGAGAGAGGAGAGUUGCAGGCUCAUGUCUAUCAGAACAGAGAGAGGGAGAGGGAGAGCGAUGAUAGAAAGUGAAUCUCAUUCUAGUUAUGUGAGUGAUAGAGGCUGUCUUUCUCUCACUGCAGUUAUGGCCAUGCGUUGGUGUAUAAAGGUUACAGUGUUGCGCAAACCAUAAACCCCCGCUGGCCAACACAAAUCAAUUCUUAGAAUAUUAGGCACGUUUUAACAGUACGUUUUUCAGGGUGCCGCCAGGAGAAUUACAAAGGAGAACUUGAAUUAAUUCUGAUAGGUUUUAUUAGGAUUUUUACAUUUCAAACAGUGAAAAUGAUUUGUCAUGCCAUGAGAGGUACCGGAUCCUGACAAAUGGGUUCUGGAAAGAAGCAGUCAAAAACUGAGAGGUGCCGGCUCACUCAAAUGAAGCCUUGCUUAACAGUAUUGUAUCCUGUACACUCCCAAGCUAUAACCAUACAGAAUGACUCCAAAUGCAAACUACAUUACAGGAGACUUCCAACCUCAUCUGUCAUUCAACAACAUUAAAUGCUGCUACACAUUUUACUAGUUUCAUUUUUCAAAUGGAUUUGUUACGCAAAGUACCCUAAAUGACACAGUGAAAAAUAUUUAAACCUGGUGUACAGGUGAGUAAUCACAAACAAAACCAGACACAACUUCCUAUGGGAUCAGAUACCCUCGUGGUGGUGUAUUUAGCAAUAGUGACAUGCCCUCAGCCUGCACCCCAUCUGAAAAUGUAUACAAAACGUUUUGUGUAUGUAUAUUGUUGUUGUUGUUGUUGGGUGUUCAGAUUCGUUGUCUAAUUUUCUAAAUUACUUGCUAUAUAACCUUUGUUAAUUCGUCAUUGUCUGAUUGCAACUCAAUAUUAGGCAUGUGUUCUUAAUGUUUUGUACCCCCAGUGCAUUUUGUAAUCUUUAAAAGCUAUUGUGGUUGUUCAUAAUGUGUUGUAAGUCAGAUUUUAUGUGGAUAAUUCUAAGUAUAAUUUCCUAACUGGUAAUACCCAGUAAUUUAAUUAUUAUCAGACACAGAUUGCAUGGCACAGAGAUUUGAACUUUCUGUGCUUUCUAAACAACUUAUAAAGGGCAAGCGUGCAGUGUAUUUGAUCAGUUUCCUCUUUUAGGUUUAGGAAAGCAGUGGGAAGCCUGGUGACCAGCAGUGACAGUGUUUCUCAUCAGGACCCAAGUCUCAGAGAUAUGCAGGAAAAUGCUAAUGUGACAGAGACCUUGGAUGCUGGAAGAGAGGUCACAAUGGAAUGGAGCCAGGCUGUGCUAGAGGGCCUUCCGUGCCCAAUCACAAGGGCUGACAUCAUUUGCUUUCUGCAGAUGAAUUAGAAUAGGAUCAGAAAUGAUGUGAAGAUUACACUGUUCCUUGAAUAUCUGUAAAAUGUGUAUUUGAUUAUGAUAGCAGUAUUUUGUAUAUUUUAGAAGAGCAGUUAUUGCUAAGUUUUUUGAACCAGUAAUAGGUUUAAUCAUCCAGGUUCCUAGCACAUACUGUAGUCAACAUCCGUAUUAGCACUGUGCAGCCGCCUAACACAUAAUCAAUAUUCUCUAUCCACACUACAGGAGAAAAUUCGUAUUGGGAUUUAGGGUGCUAACGUAGCGCGGAAUGUGUGAAACUUACUUCUCAGCCUGAAGUGUCCCGAUUUGCGCCAGCGAAUAACUAGCAUUUUGCACGGCGCUGACCUUUCAGGAGGGUGGUCACGUGUGCUAGCAAGGCAGAGGUCCUGAGUUUGCGCCAGGUAUGGACCAAAUCGUGAGAAAGUGGUACUUGCUAAGCAAGCAGCGUGACAUCCUUUACACGCUCAUUUCUGAUCCGUCAUCAGGCUGAUUUAAAGUUAAUAUCAACAUCUGCCUGUCUAUCUGUGGUUUGGCACUACAGUGAGGGAAAAAAGUAUUUGAUCCCCUGCUGAUUUUGUUCGUUUGCCCA